AUGGACAGCAAGCACGUUGUGUACCGCCACUACAAAUGUACGGCUGGCGUUGGCAAGAACGGCACCAAGGUGUGUGCCUGCUGCAACUUCAAGUUCGUAGGCGGAGUUUACCGCUGCGCGCAGCAUAUCACCAGCUGGAACGGCAUGCGCCAUCGCGAAGUGCAUCUCUGCACUGCAGCGCCGAAGAUAGCACAUGACGCUGUGAAGGCGCAUUACGAGUCCAAGUUGAAGGCCCGUGAAGCGAAGCGUGCGGCUGAAAUUGCGGCGGUCGACACAGUCAACAACGGUUCAGACAAGAAGAAGAGUCGAAUGACCGACUUCUAUGGCGAUGACGCCGCGUGCGCGAACCAGGCCGCAGACGAGGCCAGAAGCCUCUUCUUCGCCGCUCUUCAUGUGCCGGAGCAUCACGCGGACCACCCACUGUGGCGGAAUGUAGUCUCCAGCAUCAAGCGCGCGGGGCUGAAUUACAUCGCGCCGAAGAGACGCUUCAUCGGUGGAGCCGGUCUUGCAAAGUGUCGCCAGCGCAUUGAGGCGGCUCUCGCUCCAAACUCAGCAAGCUGGCGCCGUGACGGUGUCACCGUGGCAAGCGACAUGUUCUUUGACAAGACCGGCCGCCUGCAAGCCAAUGUCCUCCUCAUCAACGAUAGCGGAGCGGUGUUCGUGAAGUCGAUUGACACCAAGAUGGAGAUGAAGAUCGGCGGCUACAUCGCGGGCAUCUUACGCCCCGUCAUCGAAAAGCUAGUGAACGGCGGCAAGGGGAGGCAGGUUCUCAAGCCCGCGGGAACCCGAUUCGGCACCAACUACAUCGCCAUCAACCGCCUCUGUGAAGUGCGCGCCGGCCUGAUGCAGAUGGUCCUCAGCGAUGAGUCGCGCAACUGGCCAACGACACCAAAGAGGGUAGGGGCAGAUACCUUCAAAGUCAACAUCCUUGAUGACACGUGGUGGACGCGCGCCGAGUUCUUUGCGAAGCUGAUGAAGCUGCCGUUCGUCGUCAUGCGCAAGACGGACUCGGAUGCGAAGGGUAUGAUGGGUCAUCUCUACGACCUCAUGCUCUAG